UUUUCUUGUGUCUUCGCCGAAGAAAAAGAACAAUAUAAAAAAAAAGCAAUAACCAACAAGGAUUGGUAUUCUUAGAUAGACCAUGAAAGCGGUUCUUAUGCUCCAGCUAUGGAGUCCACCACCACGCUUCCACACUAUCUCUCCUCCCUCUCUCUCCUCCCCCCACCCUCUCUCAAUCUCCGCCACCUCCUCAACCACCCAACAACAAGACCUCCUCACCGCCAAAGAGAGAAGGCGCUUGAGAAACGAGCGAAGAGAGAGCAAGAACACAACCAGUUGGAGAGAAGAAGUUGAAGACAAACUCAUUAAGAAGAAGAAGAAGAAGGAGUUUAAAUCAUGGAUGGAUGAACUCAACCUUGAUAAUCUUAUCAAAUUGGGUCCUCAAUGGUGGAUCGUUCGUGUUUCUCGUGUUAAGGCUCAGUAUACUGCUGAAGCUCUUGCUCGCUCGUUGGCCAAGUUUUUCCCUGAUACAGACUUUAAGAUAUAUGCUCCAGUUAUCCAUGAAAAAAGGAAAUUGAAGAAUGGUUCCAUCUCUGUAAAACCGAAGCCUCUGUUCGCGGGUUGUAUUUUUCUGAGAUGUGUAUUGAACAAACCAUUGCAUGACUUCAUAAGAGAGUAUGCUGGUGUUGGUGGCUUUAUUGGUUCCCAGGUUGGAAAUACAAAGAAAAUGAUUAAUAAACCAAGGCCAGUAGCUGAGGUUGAUAUGGAAGCAAUCUUCAGACAGGCAAAAGUGGAGCAAGAAAAUGCUGACAAAGCAUUCGAGGAAGAACAAAAAAAUUCUGCAGAAAUUGCUGCCAAUCCGAAUUCAGAGAUAGAAUCUAUUGUUGAUUCUAAGCCUAAAAGAGGCUCUAGAAAAACCUCUAACCAACUCGCAGUCACAAAAGAAAAAGACGCUUCAUCUGCUAAAAAAUCUGUUAAACUUACCAAAGGUUCCACUGUCAGAAUUAUAUCCGGAACAUUUUCGGGUUUUGCAGGCACCCUCAAGAAGCUGAGCCACAAAACCAAAACGGCGACGGUGCAUUUAACAAUAUUCGGGAAAGAGAACAUAGUAGACUUAAAUGUUAGUGAAAUUGCUCCAGAGACUACAUAGUUUCUUAUGAAAAUAAAACUUUGAAGAGUCGUGCCUCUGCGCGCUCUUUUGGAUUUUUCCACUUGUCGAAAAGGUCAUUUUUUAGAAGAAAAUUAAAUGCAUUUUUAUCUAGUGCAUAUAUGUAUAUUUUGAGAUCUGUACUGGUGCUUAAUUCCCAAAACUGAAAUCUUAGAUGUCUAUAUAGUGACCCUAAAAUUAGGAGGUUUGUUGCAUUAUGUUUUUGUUAAUUUACAUUUCAUGAAUGAAUUCUUCACUGAAGAUUUUAACAAACAGUUGCAACUACAGUUUGAGGGAGGGUAUUAGAGUUAUUUAUUUUA